AUGCCCGCAACCCAUUUCCCGUCGAUGGGCAAACUCGCCCUGGGUGCAAUGCACCUUGCCUCUGGUUUUCAUAACCACAAUCUUCAGAGCUGCCCAGGGAACAUCCCAGUGAGUUGCAGCAACACGACCGCGGUGUCUGACUCUUGCUGCUUCAAUCAUCCCGGAGGAUCGCUCCUCUUGACUCAAUUCUGGGACACCAAUCCGGCCACUGGUCCUUCAGACUCCUGGACUGUUCACGGACUUUGGCCCGACAACUGUGACGGCACGUACGAGCAGUUCUGUGAUUCUUCUCGCGAGUAUUCGAACAUCACGGAGAUCCUCCAGGCGCAGGGUAGGACCGAGCUGCUGUCCUACAUGCAAACCUACUGGAAGGACUACCAAGGUGAUGACGAGAGCUUCUGGGAGCACGAAUGGAACAAGCAUGGCACUUGCAUCAACACCAUCGAGCCCAGCUGCUACACCGACUACAAGCCCCAGGAAGAGGUCGGUGAUUAUUUUCAGAAGACUGUCGAUCUUUUCAAGGGCCUCGAUACGUACAAGGCUCUUGCCGCUGCCGGCAUCACUCCCAGUUCGUCCAAGACAUACAAAUUGAGCGACAUCCUGUCCGCUCUGUCCGCAAUCACCGGCCAUGAACCCUCGGUCGGCUGCAGUAACGGCGAGCUGAAUGAAGCUUGGUACUUCUUCAAUGUCAAAGGCAAUCUCGUCAAUGGCAAAUACGUGCCUACUGAUCCGCUCUCAUCUUCAACCUGCCCCUCCUCUGGCAUUAAAUACUUGCCCAAGCCUGUCAGCGGCGGCCAUAAUGCUACACGUCCAUCUUGGAAGUUUGGGGGAAAGGAGGGAAAGCACGUCAUUCGCCAUGACUGA